GUGGAAAUGGCGGAUCGUCUGGAGGUGCCGAUGCGAGCGGAAUAAGAGAGAGAGAGAGAGAGAAAAAGGAAUUGGUCACCGUGGAGAUUCCCCGGUGAGAAGGAUUGGUGAAAAGUGGGCGAGUAAGCCGGAGCCAUUUGAAAACGGUAUACUUGAAGACUACAUUUGUAGUGUGAUUGCAACAUAAUGGCUGCUGUCACGUCACAUAGUUUGUUAACCUAUGUUGAAGAGGAGAAUAUUACUGCUUUCAAGGCAUUGCUGGAGAAGUGCAAAGACGUAGAUGAAAGGAAUGAGAGUGGGCAGACUCCACUAAUGCUGGCAGCAGAGCAAGGGAACUUGGAGAUAGUGCAAGAAUUACUCAAAAGAGGAGCUAACUGCAACCUGGAAGAUGCUGAUAACUGGACAGCUCUGAUUUCAGCUGCAAAGGAAGGAUACUUGGAAAUUGUGAGCGAGCUCAUUAACUUCAGUGCCAACCUGGAACACAGAGAUAUGGGUGGCUGGACUGCCCUAAUGUGGACAGCAUACAAGGGACAUACAGAAAUUUCUCGAUUGCUUCUUCAGAAAGGGGCAAACCCAAAUAUUACUGGACAGUAUAGCGUUUACCCUAUUAUUUGGGCAGCUGGACGAGGACAUCAUGAAAUUGUUGAACUUUUGCUGCAACACGGCGCCAAGGUCAACUGCUCUGACAAAUAUGGAACAACUCCAUUGAUAUGGGCUGCCAGAAAGGGUCAUCUUCAGUGUGUGAAGCAUUUGUUGGAAAUGGGUGCUGAUGUUGAUCAGGAAGGAGCUAACUCUAUGACUGCUCUAAUAGUGGCAGUUAAAGGUGGCUACACUGAAGGAGUGAAGGAGUUAUUGAAGUACAAUCCAAACGUUAAUCUGACUGACAAAGAUGGGAAUACAGCCUUGAUGAUUGCUGCUAAGGAAGGACAUAUUGAAAUUGUUCAGGAUCUGCUGGACGCUGGAACUUACGUCAACAUCCCUGACAGGAGUGGAGACACUGUCUUAAUUGGUGCUGUGAAAGGUGGACAUGUGGAGAUUGUCAGAGCUUUGCUGCAAAAAUAUGCGGACAUAGAUAUAAAGGGAACAGAUAAUAAGACUGCACUAUAUUGGGCUGUGGAGAAAGGAAAUGCAACCAUAGUAAGGGAUAUUCUUCAGUGCAAUCCUGACACAGAAAUUUGCGUUAAGGAUGGUGAGACGCCUCUCAUUAAGGCAACUAAAAUGCGAAAUAUUGAAAUAGUUGAACUUUUAUUGGAUAAGGGAGCCAAAGUGUCUGCAGCAGAUAAGAAAGGAGAUACUCCACUUCACAUAGCAAUCCGUGGAAGAAGCAGAAAAUUAGCUGAAUUGCUGUUGAGGAAUCCUAAAGAUGGCCGUCUACUGUAUCGACCUAACAAAGCGGGUGAAACUCCAUACAACAUAGAUUGCAGCCAUCAGAAAAGCAUUUUGACUCAGAUAUUUGGAGCAAGACAUCUGUCGCCUUCAGAGACUGAUGGAGAUAUGCUUGGCUAUGACCUGUACAGCAGUGCUCUCGCAGACAUCCUGAGUGAACCAACUAUGCAACCUCCUAUUUGUGUCGGACUUUAUGCACAGUGGGGAAGUGGAAAAUCUUUCCUUUUGAAAAAGCUUGAAGAUGAAAUGAAGACAUUUGCUGGUCAGCAAGUGGAACCCCUCUUCCAGUUUUCUUGGUUGGUGGUGUUCAUUACACUGUUAAUAUGUGGAGCAACAGGAGUACUUCUUGGCUUCGCAGUUGAUCUGAAGCUUGGCACAGCAGUUGGACUGAGCUUAUUGGCACUUAUUUACAUUUUCUUUGCAAUUGUUUACUUUGGUGGUCGACAAGAGGGAGAAAAUUGGAAUUGGGUCUGGGUAUUGAGUACCAAACUUGCACGGCAAAUCAGCUAUCUGGAGCUGUUGCUUAAACUGAUGUUUGUGAAUCCACCAGAACUACCAGAACAGACCUCCAGAGCCUUGCCUGUCAGAUUUCUUUUCACAGACUACAACAGGCUGUCAAGUGUUGGUGGAGAAACCUCUAUGGCUGAAAUGAUUGCAACCCUUUCUGAUGCUUGUGAAAGAGAGUUUGGUUUCUUGGCAACAAGACUUUUUAGAGUCUUUAAGACUGAUGAUACACAAGGUAAAAAAGGAGUGAAGAAAUGGAAAAAGACCUGCUGUAUCCCUUCAUUUGUUAUCUUUAUUUUUAUCUUGUGUUGCUUCGUUGCUGGCGUCUUGUUGCUGGCCAUCUUCAAGGCAGACAAGGAGCACUUGACAGUAAAUGCCAUCCUGAUAUCUAUUGCCAGUGUCAUUGGCCUUGCACUAGUUCUUAACUGCCAUACCUGGUGGCAGGUGUUAGAUUCUGUUCUUCAUUCUCAGAGAAAACGUGUUUUACUAGCAGCUUCAAAACUUCAUAAGCUAAAGCCUGAAGGUUUUAUGAAAGUUCUGAAGAAUGAAGUGGAGCUCAUGGCUCAGAUGGCUAAGUCUAUUGAUGGUUUUACUCAAAAUCAAACCCGACUUGUGGUUGUUAUUGAUGGAUUGGAUGCAUGUGAACAAGAUAAAGUCCUGCAGAUGCUAGACACUGUGCGAGUUCUGUUUUCCAAAGGUCCUUUUAUUGCCAUUUUUGCCAGUGAUCCACAUAUCAUUAUAAAGGCAAUAAAUCAAAAUCUGAACAGUGUGUUAAGAGACUCUAAUAUCAAUGGACAUGACUAUAUGAGGAAUAUAGUCCACCUGCCAGUUUAUCUGAACAGUCGUGGGCUUAGUAGUACAAAAAAGGCCUUUGCAGCAGUGCCAUCUAAUGGAGAUGUUGGAAACUCGGACUGUACAAGUUGGCAUGAAGAUAAUGAUCGAAAACUUUCGCAACACAGCUUGGGAGAAUUGACCAAGCUUGGCAGUAAAACGGCACUCAAUAGAAGGGAUACAUAUCGUCGUCGACAAAUGCAGCGGCAAGUUACAAGGCAAAUGUCUUUUGAUCUGACCAAGCUUUUGGUUACUGAAGAUUGGUUCAGUGACAUUAGUCCUCAGACUAUGAGGCGAUUGCUCAACAUUGUUUCGGUAACUGGACGUUUGCUGAGGGCUAACCAAAUUUGUUUCAACUGGGAUCGGCUUGCAUCUUGGAUAAACCUCACAGAACAAUGGCCGUACAGGACCUCUUGGCUGAUUCUAUAUCUGGAAGAAACUGACAAUGUUCCAGAUCAUCUCACCCUGAAAAAUACCUAUGAAAGAAUUUCCAAAAACAUACCAACUACCAAAGAUGUGGAGCCACUUCUAGAAAUUGACAGUGACAUUCGGAGCUUUGAAAUUUUCCUAUCUUCAAGAAUGCCAAUUCUUUCAGCACGUGAUGUAAAAGUAUUUCUACCAUGUACCGUGAAUUUGGAUCCUAAACUGCGUGAGAUCAUUGCAGAUAUCCGAGCAGCUAGGGAGCAGAUGUCCAGUGUAAAUAUCACGGGGAUUCCUUAUCCUGCGCUACCCUUUCAGGAAGCUCCACCUCGGGCUGUGUCUGUGUUCAGCCAGGCACCGUCUGUCUGCUCCUCCUCAGCUUCUUUCAAUGGUAAUGUAGUGUCACCACAACAUCCCAGCAGCUAUUACAGUGGUAUGGUUGGGCAACAGCAUCCAUUUUAUAAUCGGCCAUAUUUUGCCCCUCCUAUUUGUUACGUGCCAAGGCAAUACUUUGGUAGUUUGCAGCAUCCCGUUUCACGUUCAUCAACUAAAACCAGUUUGUCAAGAGAACAGAACAGUAAUCUACUUAAAUUAAAACAGGUGGGCAAUUCCGUUGCAUCAACUUACACUGCAGCUCCACUCAGCUCAAUGAAUGUGGAUGCUAUUUGUGAAAAACUUAGACAGUUGGAAGGAAUUGACCAAACCAUGCUGUUUCAAUACAUUUCCACUAUCAGAAAGGCAAAUAUUAAUGGGAGGGUAUUAAUUCAAUGCAAUCUGGAUGAACUGAAGAAAGAAUUGAACAUGAAUUUUGGUGACUGGCAACUUUUUAGGAACAUGGUGUUUGAGAUGCGCCACUUGGAUGCACAGGUACUUCAAGAAGAAAUGAGGGCUGCUGGAGAAAAUGCGCCAGCACAAAAUUCUGCUCUUCAUGUAGCAAAUAGUGACUAUGCUGGGAACUCUGAACUUCCUGGACUUUCCUCAAAGGAGACCUUCAGCCUAACUUUCAGCUUUGAGGAACUGAGAGCUGUUGAUAUUGAAGAACCAGCACGACACAACAAUUCUAAUUGGCAGUUAAAUCAUCAAAGAACACCAAGUGCUUCAAGUAUCAACUCUCUGGAAUCUUCCAAUGACCUUUCCAGACUCACAGAUAAGCAGCAGGCUGAAUACAGAGAUGCCUAUAAAGAAUAUAUUGCACAGAUGGCUCAGUUAGAUGAUCCAUCCAUGUCCACAACUGCUAACACUGACAAGUCUAAUCUGUCUGUACCCUACAAUCCUGGUCAGCUUUUUAUGGGGAAGGGCAUUUCAGGAGCUCCCUUUCAAACCACGUUGGAGCAAGAUGCUGAGCAGAAGCAAUGUGACGAUAAAAAAUCUUUUGUAGCAAAGAGAGAUAAUAUUCCACGUGGAGGCAAGUCUUCUAUGAGUGACCUUGGUGAUUAUACAUCAUCCACUGUUUCUACAUCUGAUGCAUCACCAUUAGAUCCCAUUACUGAAGAAGAUGAAAAACCAGACCCAUCAACAUCAAAACUUCUCUCGAGGAAGAAAUCUUCAGACAGAGGGAGUAUCUUCCAAGGUGCAGAGUUAACACUGAAAGGCUUGCAUUAUCAGAAAUUACCCAGUGAUGAAGAUGAAUCUGGUCAAGAAGAAGCUGAUUAUAAUCGACUUCUUAAAGAUGGGAAGACAGAAGAGAAAAGUGAAAAACAAACCAAUUCAACUGAACAUGGAAAUGAAGCUGUCCGGUCCCUGAUGAAAUCGAAGGAAUAUCUUUCUGAUGCCAUGCUUGAUAAAAAGGAUUCAUCAGAUUCUGGUGUCAGAUCCAAUGAGAGUUCGCCAAACCACUCCCUCCGUGAUGAAACCGAAGACAGCCAGUUAGAGAAGACUAACUUGAUAGAAUUGGAAGAUGAUCAGUCCAGAGAUAAACGAGGUAUACCUAACAGUUUAAGUGGCCUUCAAGACCCAAGUGUUGCCCGUAUGUCCAUAUGCUCUGAAGAUAAGAAGAGCCCUACUGGUUCCACCUCUGAAUGCAGCCUGUUGGCCAGUAGUCCAGAGGAAAAUUGGCCUGUCACUCACAAAAUGUUUAAUGUAACCAACAUCAACAGAACGGCAAGCACGGAGACGCUGAAUAACAACAGCAAUCCUUCCACCAGAUUGCAGAAUACAGAUGAAAAUGAGAGCAAAGAGUUCAGAGAAACAGCUGGUGACCCUGAGCACUUGGUAAAGAAUGCACCUCGAGUUGUCCAUGCAACAGUAGGCUCUGUUGUGGGCAAAUCGCCAGUCCAAAAUGAUACAUAUGCAGCUUCAUUCAAGAAUGACAACCUACGAGGUUUAGGUAUUAAACGGGGCCUUGCAUCUAAAGCUCAAUCAAAUUUUGUGAAGCAUACAAAGGGUACCACCUCGUCUGAGCUGCAUGCAGUUGGUCCCAGUGAUUCAUAUGGAGAAGAGCGUGAAAGCAUCCUCUAAAGAAAAAAUAAGUCAUUUGUUGAAGAUUUGUUUGGUAAAUAGCAUUUCCAAGACAUAUUGCAUUCUUAGAAAUUCUUUAUGAUAUUGCACCUUUCAUGGUUGUUUGCUAGCACUUACUUGAAGUAUUAGGUUGUUUCUAUAAAAUUGUGUUAUAUGUAUAAGUAAUAUGUGACAGUGAAGUUAUUUAAUGUUUUUGUAUCAAAUACCAUUGUGAUUCUGAGCUAACUAUACCUUGUUUGUAAUUUUAGUAUUUAUCAUCCUGCAAGUUCUAAUGCUAAAUGUGGUCAGUAUUAAGUGCAGUGUAUUUGUUCAAAUAUUAAAUAUAAAUAUUAGCUUUACUGUUGUAAGUAUUGAUUUGUUAUGAUAGUGGCGUUUAUGUGGACCCUCUGAUUUUAAUUGUGUAUGUCACAGUUGAACAGUGCCUGGGACUUGUGCUUUUGAUAGUUAAUCUGUUAUUAUUGUUGUUAAAUAAAUAUUCUUCGACUUUUCUCAAUGUAUUUGUUAGGUUGGCUGGCUGUUAAAAUUGUUUAAUGUCAAAAUAUCUUAAUAUAUGGGUUUGUAUUUGUUACUAGUAAUUGUGAAAAAGCUGAUGUUUUGUGUAACUAC